UCAAAACCGAAAAUUCAUCCUAUUCUUGAAAAAUUGACAGACGAAAAACGAAGAACGAAGAAGAAGAAGAAGAAGAAGAAGAAGAAGAAGAAGAGUGGCUGCCGCAGAUCGGAAGCUUCGCCGGAGUUUGAGUUGGAGUAGUACAGUACAGUACAACAAUGGCUACCUCUCUGUCCGUCAUAGCCAUCAUCGCCUCUCUGCACCUCAUCGCCUUCGUCCUCGCCAUCGGAGCUGAAAUGCGCCGGAGCACGGCAACUGUAGUGCCGGAUGAGUACGACGAGACUACUCACUGCGUCUACGAUUCCGAUGCCUCCACGGCGUACGGCCUUUCGGCGUUUGGUUUGCUACUCAUUAGCCACACACUGCUUAUGGCUGUCACCAGGUGUCUCUGCUGCGGCAAGGGCUUGAAAAGUGGAGGAUCCACUGUCUGUGCCAUCGUCCUCUUCGUCGUUUCUUGGAGUCUGUUCUUGGGAGCGGAGUCUUUGUUGCUGGCUGGGUCCGUGAGGAAUGCCUACCACACAAAGUUCAGAGGAGCUUUGCCCAUCAAAAACUUGUCGUGCACCACGCUCCGCUGUGGUGUGUUCGCUGCUGCAGCAGCAAUUACAUUUCUCUCAUUGGUGUUUUCAAUCCUUUACUACUUAACGCACUCGAGAGCCGAUACUGGAGGCUGGCAGAAGCACCAGAAUGAAGGUGGCGUUGGCAUGGUGGCUUCUGAUAUUGCACAGCAUGAGCAGCAUGAUCGACGAACUGCUGGAUUCGAGAAGGUUUAGCUAUGGCAGGUUUGGAUGAUUAGAAGUUGCUUGCAGGGUCAAGGUUGAUUAGAGCUUAUUCUGGGAAAGAAAGAUAGGUAGAUCAAAGUAUCAGGUUGUUCUUGCUAAGCUACGAAUGUGUAAAGUGAUCUCAUACUUAAAUCUAGAUGUGGAAAAUGCAGUUGCUUUAUGUUUUGGUUUUUAACUGUGAACUCCAAGAUUCAUAGUUAAAAUGAAUUUUGGCCUAUUUUCACUCCUUUAUAUUAUUACCUUUAUACUUCCAAUUUAUUA